AGCGCGUGCGCGUUCACGUGAGUGUCUGUAUGUGUGUCAGAAGGAAAUCACACAGUUUGUGUCACAUCACAAAUUUGUCUUCACACAUCUCUGCAGAAUAUGGUUUGUGUACUUGCUCUUGUGCAGUUGUGUUUGUGGCAUUUCAACGGUGUGUUUGGUGAUGAAGUGAAGUCAGUGUCAGUGAUGGAGGGACAUUCUGUUACUCUACACACUGAUCUUACUGACAUACAGACACAUGAUGUGAUCCAGUGGAUGUUUGGUGUUCAGAGUCCAGAUGAGAUUAUAGCUGAAAUCAACAAAGAAGCUAAUUCAACAUCAUUUAUCAGUGAGAGAUUGAAGAAUCAUGUACAGAUAGAUGAUCAGACUGGAUCUCUCAUCAUCACAAACAUCACAACUCAACACACUGGACUCUAUAAAGGAAACAUCAUUGGAAAUACUGUUCAAAACAAACACUUCAAUGUUACUGUCUAUGCUGGUCUGUCUGUUCCUGUCAUCUCCAGAGUCUCUUCUCAAUGUUCUUCAUCAUCUUCAUCAUCAUGUUGUUGUGUGUUGUGUUCAGUGAUGAAUGUGUCACAUGAUGUGAGUGUCUCCUGGUACAAAGGAAAGAGUUUAUUGUCCAGCAUCAGUGUGUCUGAUCUCAACAUCAGACUCUCUCUACCUCUGGAGGUGGAAUAUCAGGAUACAAACACAUACAGAUGUGUGGUCAACAAUCCCAUCACAAACCUCACACAACAUCUACACAUCACUCAACUCUGUCACACGUCUUCAGCAGCUUCACAUUUGAUAGUAUCAGUCUCUUGUGCUGCUGGAUCUGUGAUGAUUGUAACUGCACUUCUGAUCUACUGCAUCUGCAGAAAACACAGACAAACACAACAACACGAAACUGUUCAGACUGAUGAAGAGGAGAUCACUUAUGCAGAUCCAACAUUCUGUAAAAGACACAGACAUGGACCGGUGAGAUCAUUCAUCUCUUGUGUGCUUCACCUGUACAUGCAUGUGUAUGUAAUCAUCCAUUAGAAAAAACAGCAUCUUCUGUUCCAAAUGCAAGUAUCAGUAAACAGAUGUAUUCAAGUGCUUUUUCAUCUUAACAACAUAAACAAACAUAAACAAAGGUUACUGCGCGUGCACACUUGUGUGACCCCCAACUGAACUGUAGAUUAUUUCUGAUAACAAUCAAAAGAAACUUCUUGUCUCUUCAAUAUUAAGACUGUGUAACCAAUCUUAACCACAAGAUAUCAGUGUACCAUAUGGGCCGCAAAUGCAUGGGCAGGCGUAAACGAUGUGACAUCAUAGCCCGUAUUCAUGAAAAAUGUUAGCGCAAAGAAUUGCUCCUAGUGACAAUAUAUAUACAUAAAGGUAUAUAUAUAUAUAUAUAUAUAUAUAUAUAUAUAUAUAUAUAUACAUAUAGUGCGAAUGUGGGAAAAAUCUUUCCUGUGGCUCAGUGGUAAGAGCAUAGCGUAAGGUUGUGUGUUUGAUAAAAGCAUCUGCCAAAUGCAUAAAUAACAGGAAAAAAGACAUGUGCGAUGACCCAUACUUUAAAGCAGUCUUAUUUUCCUUCUUGGUCAACCAACCAAUUGUCAUACAUAGCAACGGGUCAGUCCCACCUCUUCACUACGAUAAAGUUUUUGUCUUUUCCUUGCUCAGAGUUUCUCUCAGAUUGGUCUUGAAUCACUUUUAAACUAAGACUCCAACCUAGACAUUUAAAAAAAAAUUAAGAGCUUUCUUAGAGGAUUCUCUGCUUUAAGAUUACAGGCCCAGAUUAUGAGGGGAUCCCCAACAGCCUGUUUUGUGUCACUGUUGUGGUUUAAAGGAGAUUACAAAAAGAAGAAUAGAUGGAUUUGUAUAAAGACAGGGUGUUUCUGUACACAUGCUGGCGACUCAAAAGUGCAUUUUCUGGGAUUGAGCCACUUUAAAUGUGACCAAACUGCAGGAGACAUUCAACUCUUUGUUUCUUUAAUAAACUGAAUAUACGACAAAGUUCAACAAAUCGUUUCUUUAAUACAAUUCUUAUACAGUAAUUUAAUAAUAUAAAGUAAUAUGAACAUAAAUAAAAUAUUGAUAGUUGUAUUAUUAUAUUAAAAUUCAGCAACAUUAUCUCUUACCAAAUCAUACAUUAUCUCUUAGCUUUGUGUUGUGGGUCAUGUAUAUACACUUUUCACUGCAAGUUAUCUUUAGCAUAUCAUUUCCUUCUUAACUUGUGUAUGUU